AUGGUGUUGAAACAGUUCAGUUACGAUGUGGGGUAUCCUGUAUAUGGGGCCAAAUUUUUGAAUGAAGACACACUACUUAUUACGGGUGGUGGUGGAGAGGGAAACAAUGGUAUUCCGAACAAGCUGACUGCCCUGAAAGUUGACUUUUCGAGGCCAAAAGCGCUCAAGAAGUUCCGUGAGCUUUCUUUGCUUGACAACGAAGACUCGCCGAUGAGUUUGGACGCGAGCAAGGGUGUGAUAAUACUGGGUGUCAACCAGGACUCUGCUUCCAUCAAAAACGGUACGAACAAGCACUUUCGCAAAUUCAUUUAUUCGAACGAACAUCUGAAAGCGGUUGACUCGGCACAGAUUUCAGAUAGCCGGGUAAGUACAGAAUACCAGAAACUCACUGUUUUAACUCCAGAUGGUGCAAAAGCUGUUAUCGCCAUGUCGAAAGACCCUUCCACAAUAUAUGUGGUUGACACCAACGAUCUGGAUGUACAGUUUGAGAUCAAAGCAUCUGGCGAUGUGAAGGACAUUUGUAUUUCUCCCGAUGGAAAGGUAGCGUGUUACAUCACCGCAUCUACACUGGAGACUGUGUCUACCGUCACUGGAAGGACCGUUUUGAAACACGAUUCUUUCCCGGAAUUUGCGCUUGGAAAGGUGGCUUUCUUGGACAACAACACUAUACUUAUUGCAGGAGUAUUAAAACAGGGCGGUGGGGUUGUUCUUGCAGAGUUUUCCAUUCCAAAGUCUGCUGUUGUGAAAUCUAGAGUCGUUUCUAAGAAACUCAAGGGAAUAACCUCCAUGGAUGUCAGUCACGGCUUGGUGGCUUUGGCCGGUAGUGAUACCUCCAUCACAAUAGUGCGGGCUACAAGCUUGAAAAUUAUAUCCACCACAUCUCAGGUGCACAAUUUUGCCAUUACCAAGAUUACCUUUUCGUCUGAUGGUACAUACCUGGCCAGCGUGUCUGCUGCAAACACCGUAAACAUCAUCCUGAUUCCCAAGAAUUUUGCUAGUGCCAAAUCAAAGGUGUCCUCAGUUAUAGGAUUCCUUUUCUGGAGUGUACUGCUGGGCGUUUUGGCCAUGUUCGUUCAAUGGUUUAUCCAAUCUGGUAACGCCGCUGCGAUAUUCGAGAAAUCUGUCAAGCUAAUAAAGAAGACCCCUCAUGACAGCACUCCAUACUUCAAGAUCGAGCCUAUCGCUCCGAGUGAAACAUUCAUAAAGAUCUCUUCCUCAUCUGCCUAUUCAUACCGGUCUUCCUCUACGACUACGUUGAGCGAAGAGAUGUUCACGAUUUUGCCUGUUGGUGAACCAGAUGUCAAGAUUGGUAAAGACGAGCCUGAAAAGGUUGCUACAAUCCUACCAGUUGGUGAACCGGACGUCAAGAUCUCAUCCGACGAACCAGAACAACUGGCCUCUAUCCUCCCAGUGGGUCAGCCAAUCAUUCACACUAAUGCAGAAACCAAGUAUGUACCACAGCCCGACUUGUCAAGCUCCACGGAAAGUGUCCAAGAGUCGAUAUACAGAGAGCCAAUUACUAAUACUCAAUUCGAUACAGAAACUCCGCAUCUCACUGAUGACGACCUAUCUGUGGGUGAGACGAAGAGUGCACAAAGUGCUAGUUCAGCAAUAAUACCGCCAAGAGAAGCUGCCAAUGCUUCGGGUAUUGAUUCUGCUUUAGCUGAGACUGUUUACUCUGUUACAGAAUCGGUAACUGACUCUGGGUCCGAUAUUGAAACGGAGACAGAGAGAGAAGCUGAGGUGCAAGCGGAUAUUGGGAUUGAAACUGGGACCGAAGUCAAGCGUGUGACAGAGGCUGAAAACGAGUUUCAAACUGAGACAGGAACAGAGUUGGUUACGGACAUUGAUUUUGAUACAGAAACCUCUACAGACGCUUUAACGGAGACUGAUACUGAGAUUCAAACCGAAACCGAAACCGAGGUGGUAACCGAGACAGGGUCUGAAACACAAGUAGAAAUUAGCAUGGAAACUUUUACAAAGGAGUCCUCUGUUACUGGAGUCAUUUCUGAGACUGAGACUGAGUCAGUGACCGAGUCGGAAGUUGAGUCAGUAACCGAUUCUGAGGCUUCUGAGACUGAUGCUGAAUCCGAUGUUGGGUCUGUGACCGAGUCUGAGGUUUCCGAGACUGAUACUGAAUCUGGGGUUGAGCCGUCAGUGACUGCGUCUGAAGUUGAGUCUGAAGUUGAGUCAGUGACCGAGUCUGAAGUUGAGUCAUUAACCGAUUCUGAGGUUUCUGAGACUGAUGCUGAAUCCGAUGUUGAGUCUGUGACCGAGUCUGAGGUUUCCGAAACUGAUAUUGAAUCUGCCACUGACUCAAGAGUCACCGAGACUAAAGAUUCUGAGGCAGAAUUAGAAAAUUUCACUGCUGAAGAUGCCACAAAGGCCAAAUCAUCAACUGUGUCAGCUUCAACUGCUGAAGAGAUAACCUCAACAGGACCAGAGGUUGCGGUGACUCCAACCCCCGUGAAAGCUGCUGAUGGAGAGGAAGAAGAUAUAGAUGGUGAAGCAGAUGAGGAGAAUGACGAGGAUGAUGAGGACGAAACUGUCACGUUGGAGGUGACAUUGACUUCCACCCUCACUCAAACGGUUACCGAAGACCAACCUGAAACUGUGGUUACUAAGGCUUCAAAAUCUACCGCGACUGCAGAGUGGAACUCUGCUGCUACUGCUACUGCCACAGUGGUAGAGAUUUUGACAGUUUUUCAGACGAUUGUGGAAACUAUUGUGGAGACUGUUACCGCAAAGCCACUGCCAGUCCAUGAUGACUUGUAG